GGCCGCCCAGCCAUGUUGAGGAGUCUGUCAAGCAAACUGCAGCCCGCCAUUGUGUAGAAACCAGGCUCUGUAGAAAGAUAAGAGUGCUUGCCUGAAACUCCUUCAUAGCCGGACAAAUUAUACACCCCGCCGCUGUUAAUUAGGAGAGAAUACAGUUACACAGGCCGUGGGGGGGAAAGACAUGUCAGCCAGCAGCCUUCUUGAACAGAGACCGAAAGGCCUAGCUAAUAAAGUGCAAAACGGAGCUGUGACCCAAAAGGAUACUUUGAAUGACGAUGAGUUUGAGCCUUACCUGAAUACUCAGGCCAGACAGAGCAAUGCCUAUACGGCCAUGUCGGACUCGUACAUGCCCAGCUACUACAGUCCUUCCAUUGGCUUUUCCUACUCCCUGAAUGAGGCAGCAUGGUCCACUGGUGGGGACCCUCCUAUGCCUUACCUGGCCUCCUAUGGACAGCUGAGCAAUGGUGAACCCCACUACCUCCCAGAUGCAAUGUUCGGCCAGCCUGGCCCCCUGGGGAGCAACCCGUUCCUGGGCCAGCAUGGCUUCAACUUUUUCCCCAGCGGCAUCGACUUCUCCGCAUGGGGCAACAGCAGCUCUCAGGGACAGUCGGGGACACCGCAGAGUUCUGGCUACAGCAGCAGCUACGCCUAUGCCCCCAGCUCGCUUGGGGGUGCCAUGAUUGAUGGACAGUCUCCAUUUGCACCUGCUGCCAACGAACCCCUCAACAAGGCACCUGGCAUGAACAGCCUGGACCAGGGCAUGGCGGGUCUUAAAAUCGGUGGUGCUGCCCCUGGUGGGAAUGGAGAAAUGGCUCCGAAGGUGGUUGGCUCUGGGCUGCCUGGUGGGGGGCCCUUGGGCCCUGUAUCUUCUGUUGGACCUCCCAGCAUGCCUCCUGUCUCCAUUGCCCCAGCCAAGCCGGCCUCCUGGGCCGACAUCGCCAGCAAACCCGCCAAGCCUCAACCCAAGCUUAAAACCAAGGGUGGCAUGGCAGGUGCCAAUUUGCCUCCUCCGCCCAUUAAACACAACAUGGACAUUGGCACUUGGGACAACAAGGGCACCAUGCCCAAAGCUGCCACCCCUCAUCAGGUGCCCUCUAUUCCCAGCAACGGGCAGCCACCUAAUCAGGCUUCUCCGCAGCCUGGAGCCACAGCUGCAGGGAACCCACAGAUGCCUCUGAGCAAUGGACAGCUGGUUCCACCUGUCUCCCAGCUGGGGCAGCAUCAUCUUCCACCUACUGGACAGCCAGGUAUGGCUCAGAUACCCCAGCCCCUCUCCCAGGGUCCGCCACCGCCAAACCACCAACAGCAGCAGCCUUCUCAACCAACUCGCUGGGUCCCUCCGCGUAACCGGGCCAAUGGGUUUGGAGACGCCGGUGGAAGCGGCUCAGGCCAGUCGCCUCCCUCCUCUUCCAGCGUCGGCGUGGUUCCCGGAGUCCCGUCUGAGCCUCACCCCGUUUUAGAAAAGCUGCGCAUGGUUAACAACUACAACCCCAAGGACUUCGACUGGAACCUCAAGCAGGGCCGCGUGUUCAUCAUCAAGAGCUACUCCGAGGACGACAUCCACCGCUCCAUCAAGUACAACAUUUGGUGCAGCACGGAGCACGGCAACAAACGGCUCGACGCCGCUUACCGCUCGUUGGCGGGCAAAGGGCCGCUUUAUCUUCUGUUCAGCGUCAACGGUAGCGGGCACUUUUGCGGUGUAGCGGAGAUGCGCUCACCGGUGGACUACAACACGUCUGCUGGCGUGUGGUCGCAGGACAAGUGGAAGGGCCGCUUCGACGUGCGCUGGAUCUUUGUUAAAGACGUUCCCAACAGUCAGCUGAGGCACAUUCGGCUAGAGAACAACGAAAACAAACCGGUGACCAACUCUCGGGACACACAGGAGGUACCGCUGGACAAGGCCAGGCAGGUGUUAAAGAUCAUCGCUGGAUAUAAACACACCACUUCCAUCUUCGAUGACUUCUCUCACUAUGAGAAGCGUCAGGAGGAGGAAGAGUGUGUGAAAAAGGUGGAGGUCCAAGGCAGUGAGCCAUAUCCCAGCAACCCAAGCAACAGGAGUCAUUACAGGCUUCAGGAGCGCCAAGGACGAGUCAAGUAACAGUUGGUGCUUUGGUCAAAGGACUGCAAUGCCCCUUCCUAAAACCCUGUCCGCUCCAGUACAUUAUUACAUUCAGAUCUCUAAGAAAUUCUAAUAGGGGUGAAGAUUUAACAAAGGACAAAAGGAAAAAAAACUAAAUGAAGACUUUGAUUUUUUUUUUUGACUUUGAAGACUUACUUUGAACUUGUAGUAAAAAGGAAACAAUUAUUCAUAGGACUACAACUAAAUGCAUAGCAUCCUUAGCUGAAAUCUUUUUUUUUUUUUUUUGCCAUACCCCAUUCCACUACAUACGCUUUUUCCUUGUACGCUGCUUUUUCCUCUCCUUCUUUCUUCCUUUUUUUUUUUGUAAAUGCAAGGAUUGGCAUCUGUUUUUUUAUGGUCCAAGACUUCAGUCUGUAAUUCUCACACAAACCUUAAUGAUCAAAAAUCCAUACAGAAAGCAAAUGGAAAAAUUUAGUGUCCCCCUCUGCCAAAAAAAAAAAGAAUGGAAAGAUUUUCAUCUUUAAAAGCAACCCUUACACCUGUCUGCAAAUAAUGCUCAGAUCGUCAACCAAGAAACCCAGAGCAACUUCUUCCACAGUGGAUUCCUCACCGACGGCUGGUGCCAACUAUUCUCACUUCAGUUUCUGUUUGUACAUGCUUGCCAUGUUUUUGUUUAGGAGGACUACAGAUGUUCGUUUAAAACAAAAAAAAAAGAAAAGCCCUCUGUGUUUUUCACAUGUUGUCGGAGUGUGUAGGAGAUGUGGGGUGAGGAGGAUCAAGGCAGGAAAACAAAGGAAUGGGGUUAAAUGUUUAAAUUCAGAGAACAUGUUAAGUUGAUGAGCUUUUGCUCACUGUAUAAUUUUAUGGGGAAAAAAUGGGGCCGUCUGUUAACAGUCUUCAUUAGACUUUAUUUCCGCCUUUUUUUCUUUCUCGAAGAAGUUGAGUCAUUGUUGCUAUGGGCUGCUUUUUUUCCUUCCGUUUUCUUAUGACUGAUGCGAGUGGCCUUGCCCCCACUCUUUCUAUUAAUCAGUUCUAAAGUAAUAAAUGUGGUAUAUUCAGCAGAGUUGUGUCCAUUCCUUAUGUUCGAAUUGAAAGUGGCUUCUUUAUUCAGCUUGUUUUUACAUGGUAUUAGUGUUUUUUUUUCUGCUCAGUUAUCAGCCUGCAAAUGAUGGAGGCUCUACUUUAACCCUGCUUUGCCUUUCCUACAGCUCCACUUUUCUGUGUCACCUUGUCCUCCACACUCCCCAAUUCUUAUUUCUGCUCAGCCAGACAUUCAUAAUAAAUCAUUAAUUGCAGCCAUGCAUUGCUCAGUGUCAUUGUCAGUUUAGAAAAAAAAGGAAACCUUGAGAUCUACUGGCUUUUAUUUGUGGCAUAAUAAAGAUGCUCCACAAAGUUA